AUCAGUGCAACGGAGACCGAUCCAUCACAUGGCGAGAAACUGUUCGUGCGUACAUACAUAAACAUAUAGCUACGAUUCUUCGAGUGCAAUUUCCACAAAGCAUGCAUGGCCUCGUGUAAUCGGGAAGUCACGGGCGAUAACUAUACAGAUGCGCGAAGCUUGCCAGUGUAACAUGAUUCGACGUCGUCUCGCUGCCACGGUCAUAGUCACCGCGGCUGUGCUUUGGGUGACUGCCACUCCAGGUCUUGCCGACGGUUGGUGGUGCCAACACUGCCUUCCGGUUCGGAGGAUCCGCGUGAUGCUAGCCUGUUCGGGCAUCGAGCUCGUGCCGCGUACGGCCUGGGGUGCCCGUCCGCCCAAAGGCAGGCAGAAGCUCAAGGUUCAACCCGUGCCGCGCCUCUUUGUGCACCACACCGAGGGUCCGGAAUGCUUCGACUACCGGAGCUGCUCGGAGAGGAUGCGUCACUGGCAGAACUUCCACAAGGACACUAGGGACUGGUUCGACCUCGGCUACAGCUUCCUCAUCGGUGGUGACGGCAGGGUGUACGUGGCACGAGGUUGGGAUGCAAGCGGUGCCCACACCAAAGGGAACAACGAAGACGCGCUCGCCGUGUCCUUCAUCGGCGACUUCUCGCGCCACCUGCCGACACCACGGGCGAUCGGGGCGCUCACAAGGCUCCUGCAAUGCGGCGUCGCUCUGGGCAAGAUCCGCGCAGACUACACCGUGCACGGUCACCGCGACGCCAACUGCAGGACAUGUCCGGGCGACGCCCUGUACGCCUACAUCUCUCGGUGGAGGCGCUUCGGCGGCAGAGUCAGCAACUACAUCUGCGAGACGCCUGGGCGUACCGAACCGAGCGUGCCCCACGAGCAGGAACAUCCGCCUCAGGUCCUCUGUCUUCCGGUUCUCGAGCAUGUGGACAACGCCGGAGUCCUCCAUCUCCACGAUGGCCUUCAUGUGCUUCCCGACGAGCUGCUCCAGCACGACUUGCACGACGGGCCCCGCGGUGGACUCGUCCAGGCACUGCCUCGCCCGUUCCGACUCUUCGUCGACGUGCUGCUCCACUCUGGCGAUGUAGUCGAGGGCGUCAUUCAUCUCGACUCUCGGGAAGUCUCGCUGGCGCGUGAAACUUCUCGGGAGAAACUGCUCGAAGAGGAACGCCAGCCCGCCUCGAUCAUGGUUCGUGGACCUGUCGCAGCAGUAGUCAUCGCUGUGGUUGUGCUCGGUAGUGCGGCUCCAGGGCUCGCCGGCUCGUGGUGGCAUCCGUGGGUGCCGAUGCGUCGAAUUCGCGCGAUGUGGGCCUGCUCGGGCAUCCGGUUCGUGUCCCGGCACCAAUGGGGCGCCCGGCAGCCCAAGACCCAGAAUCGGCUCAAGGUCCAGCCGGUGCCCCGGUUCUUCGUGCACCACACCGAGGGUCCGGAAUGCUUCAACUACUGGAGCUGCUCGGAGCGGAUGCGCCACUGGCAGAACCUUCACAUGGACACGAGAGGUUGGGACGACCUCGGCUACAGCUUCCUCAUCGGCGGCGACGGCCGGGUGUACGUGGCCCGCGGCUGGGACCGCAGCGGAGCCCACACCAAGGGCCACAAUGACGACGCGCUGGCAGCGGCGUUCAUCGGCGACUUCUCGCGCCACCUGCCGACUCCCUGGGCGAUCGGGGCGCUCGUGCGACUGCUGCGAUGCGGCGUUGCCUUGGGCAAGAUCCGUCCUGACUACACGCUGCACGGACAUCGAGACGCCAACUGCAGUACGUGUCCCGGGGAUGCCCUGUACGCCUACAUUUUUCGGCGGAGGCACUUCGGCGGGAAGCUUAAGAAGUACAUCUGCGAAGCGCCAGUUACGCAGCCGUCCUCCACUGAACGUGUGUCGACGCAGAGGCGUACAUAUAGUGCCCAGCGAUGUCCGGGCGUGGAGGUCGUGAGCCGCAGUGGCUGGGGCGCCAGGGCUCCGCGAAAUCGGGCAGCCAUGAAGAACCCCCGCGCCCAGUACGUGUUCAUACACCACACCACGGGAUCCCAGUGCAAAGACAAGGCCGCAUGCAGCAGACUCAUCCGCGGCCACCAGAACUACCACAUGGACAAGAACGGCUGGGCAGACAUCGGCUACAGUUUCCUCGUGGGUGGCGAUGGACGCGUCUAUGAGGGCCGUGGCUGGGGUCGAGUGGGAGCUCACACCCGAGGCUACAACAGCAACGGCAUCGCCAUCUCGUUCGUCGGUGACUUCACGAAGUCGACGCCCAACAACGGCAUGCUCAACGCGGCCAAGAACCUCAUCGCCUGCGGCGUCAAAGAGGGCAAGAUCAACCCGAAAUAUUCUCUGCACGGUCACCGCGACGCAAACUGCACUGCUUGUCCAGGCAACCGACUCUACGACAUGAUCAAGAAGUGGGCCCGCUAUGGCGGUCGACUCAAGAAUUUUGUGUGCUAGCAGCAUGCCCAUCCAACGACAUAAAAUAAAUCUAGGAACGGCGGCACUGCGGAAGUCCCCGCUAUAAUGUUGGUCUUCAGAAGCGCGUUGCGAAUACAAAAGUAUAGCGUCGUCGUCGUCUUCUUCUUCAUCAUCAUCAUCAUCCAGUGUUUGCAUUGAAGGCUGGGCGAUCAAAUGCAUGACAUUUGAGAUGCUUAGAAGAUCAGUGACUGGGAGUUGCGGAGCCUGCACCAUUUUUUACAGCGAAACUGUCUAUGGCUAGGAUCCCGGGAUUUCUUCGUGACGUAGCGUCCACAGCAAACUAUCAUCAUUUGUGGCUCAUACCCACAAACGCAAUGGCUCAAACACCCGUAAAGCAGAGGCUACAGGCACUCGGAAAAGUGAAGCGAAGUGUGCAUACAUUCUUUGGAAUCACGCUUACAACAUACAGAACAGCAUACGUUUCAAUAAAGAACAAACUCAAAUUCACCUUCGAACCACAUAAUUGAUGACAAUAUCAUAAGAAGUCAACAAAGACACCAAGGACAACAUGGGGGAAAUUAGUUGUACAUACUAAUUGAAUUAAAGAAAUGAUAAGGGCAAUGAAAGUGCAUGAAAAAACAACUUGCCGAAGGUGGGGAACGAAUCCACGUCUUAUCACGUGUGUAAUGCGAAGACGUGGGUUCUACUAGGCUUCGGAAUGACGGGGCAGAAACAUGAAGACUUACAAAGAAGCUCGAAAACAAGUUAAGAAACGCGCAAAGAGCCAUGGAACGAAGAAUGAUUGGCGUAACGUUAAGAGACAGGAUGAGAGCGGUGUGGAUCAGAAAGCAAACGGGGAUAGCAGAUAUUCCAAUUGACAUUAAGAGAAAAAAUGCAACUGGGCAGGUCAUGUAAUGAGUAUACGUUAGAUAACCGGUGUACCAUCAUCAGGGUUACCAUUGGGUGCCGAGAGACGGGAAGCGCAGUCGACGACGGCAGAAGGCUAGUUGGGGUGAUGAAAUAAUAAAUGUAGGAUACAACUUUAAAAAAAAAACGGCAGUUGGUAACCAGGGCACACGGACUGCGCGAGGUUCUUACUCCAGCAGCGAAUGACAGACGCAGCCAAAAUAGUCAUCAUGCGACCAUUUCAAAAUGGCGUCGUACUUGAUUACUCCGGAAUGUCUGCUGUUCUUGAAGUCUUUUCAUCGGCGGAAGCGAUGAGGUGUGCAACAGGCAUGGACGAAGUGUAUCGAGCCUGAGCAUUUCACUCUUCAAAAGUCCGCGCUA